AUCAAAUGUCAUUGUCAAUCCAUCUCUGGAUGUGAUAGUUUUGAUUAGUGUUAUUCAUAACAAAUAAAAAGUAUAUAAUAAAUAUCUUAUCCACUGACCAUCUAACCUGUAAAUUAUUUUAAUAUAAAAACAGUCCUUAAAGUAACAAUAUUAAUUCACUGAAAGAUUUAUUUCUAAGACUAAUGGACGGCAACGAGAGCGACAGCAGUGAUAACGGAUUCGAAGAUCUACAGAUUGUGAACCGAGGUGCUGAGGACGACGAUGGCAGUGCUGAUGGCAGCGAUGUCGUUCACUUGGGACACGAUGCCAAUGACGAACGUGAUAAUGGGGACGGCAAUGGCUCGGAGGCAGACUCUGAAGAGGAACAUUUCUAUGAUAUAUCUAUAGCAGCCUCUCAUUCAUACCUGGGCGCGGGGCUGGCGUGCGUGCGCGGGCGCAGCGUGGUGGAGGCGGGCUGGGCGGGGCGCGUGCCUGCGCUGGCGCACCACGGCGUGCUGUUCCCGGGCGAGACCGUGCCCAUGCUGCUGCCGCGCGCGCACGACGCCGCGCUACUGGUGCAGGCCAUCCGCAAAGACAAGCUCUUCGGCCUGCUCUGUCCUGACGAGGUGGGCGUGAUGCUGUCGGGGUACGGCGUGCUGUGCGAGGUGAUGAUGGCCGGCAUCGACGAGACGCAGGACGAGCCCACCUCUGUCACGUUCAAGGCGCGCGCCAUCCAUCGCUUCCGCCUGCUGAAGAUGCCCAAGACGACGAUCCCUUUGUCUGCAUACGCCAGGAUGCGGACGGUGGAGGUGGUGGUGCUGCCGGAGCUGUGCGCGCGCGACACUCUGCGCGCCGCGCGGCUGCACUCGCUGGACCCGCUGCGGGGACCCACGCACCUCGCGGCAGUCCAGCGCCGCCUGCGCACGCUGGACGCGGCGGUGACGCCGUGGCCACUGUUCGUGUACGAGAUCUUCGACUACGAGUCCAUGCGGCACGCCAUACACGACUACUUCCGCACCAUCAUGCUGGAGGACAAGUUGCCGGAGGACGCGGUGUCGCUGUCGUUCUGGGUGGCGUCCAACCUGGCGCUGUCGGCGGCGGACCGCCUGGCACUGUUCGCGGUGGACGACGCCCUGCUGCGGCUACACAUGGAGGUGCACUUCAUACGCAGAAAAAGCGUACUCUGUUGCUCGUCGUGUAUGGCGCAGAUUGCUCGGAAGGAGCACAUAUUCCCUAUGUCCAGCGAAGGAGUGCACUCCAAUUAUACUAAUUUAGGCGGGUACAUGCACGACAUCCUGACGGUGAGCGAGGUGUGCGGCGUGGCUCCGAGCGGCGCGGCGUCGGCGGAGUACUCGUGGUUCCCCGGCUACACCUGGACCGUCGCCGUCUGCGCCAACUGCAUGGUGCACGUCGGCUGGAGGUUCGAGGCCAUGAAGCGCAGCCUGCGGCCGAGUGAGUUCUACGGCCUGUGUCGGAACUACGUGCAGCCCUACGACACGGACGAGGCGCGCGGGGAGCAGUGAUACAUAUGUACUCCACAACUUGCCAAAAUUAUUGUACCACCAUUGUUAAAGUAUGGGAAUAUGCUUCUACUGCAGUAUAAACUUGAAAAGUAUUACUCCCUGUUUAGGUGCGAUUUCUACAGAUGAUAAUUAUUUUUCAGUAUUUUAAAUAAUUCCUCAUGUUAGUGAUAAAUAAAAUGUAAAAUACGAUGCAAAUUGUCCAUGUCUGUAGGUGUCAUAUAGAUCAGUUCCCGUACAUUUUACCUAAAUACUUUGACACCGCUCCUCUUCAGUAAUACAUAACGUGUAAUUUCGUAUUCAAGAAAUUGUCUAAUUGAAUUUGUCACAUACUGUAGAUAUUGUGUAGAUUGACAAUCUGAAAGAUUUGUUACUCGUUGUCUUGUCGACAUACCGAAUGUAUUUGUAAAGAACUCGCAAGUAACUGGGUUAUAGCAUGGACUGAGUAAGUAUAGACGACAUGCGACAUCACGUACGAUUGUUACGGCGAGAGGAGAUCACAGCAUAUACUUGUUCAUAUACUUAUACCUUGUAGGAUGAGUGUACAUACUGUUACAAUAUACUAAUCAGUUUUGUUAUGUUUAGUUUAAGACUUAUUACUCUCUAUGUACUGGGUUUGUACUUGUAACGAAUACUGACAUAUGAGUUAAAGCUAAGCGACUGAUGUUUUUAGUUUCAUUUUUAUGAUUCUUUCUAAUACAAUAAAGCUUAUCAUAACAUAAGUUACAUUAAUAUUUCUGGGAAACGGUAAAUUUAAAUAAUUACAAAAUUUUAAUCUUUUUUAUGUUAAAAUUCCAUAGAUACGUUUAAACUUGUUAUGUAAUUAAUGGUGUUUUCAAUAUCGUCAAAUAGCCUUACCUACCAAUAUCAACAAUCAAAUGUAAAUAAAUGUCUUUUUUACAAUGUAAGCAACAUAAAUAUAUUAAAUUAAGAGAAAUAAACGUGUUGAAAAAA